GAAAACGAGGAGAGAUAAAUCUGCGUCGGCUCCGUCUCUCCCACGAAAUCCUCCCCAUUCCACGCGCGGAAGAAUUCCUGGUGCGUUCUAAACCGAUCAAAGAAGGCGACACAUUGAUUUGCUGAUUUUCCGGCGAUCGCUUCUCUCCGUUGGGGCCAGAUACAGUUCAGCUAUGCAGAGUCAACUUGUUUGCAGCGGUUGCAGGAGCAUUCUUCUUUACCCGAGGGGAGCCACCGACGUGCGUUGUGCAAUAUGCAGCACAAUAACUGCAGCUGCCUCUCCAGGAAUGGAGAUGGCUCAGCUUGUGUGUGGAGGUUGUCGAACAUUGUUGAUGUACUCUCGUGGUGCUACAAGCGUAAGGUGCUCCUGUUGUAACACAAUCAAUAUCACAGGAGCAGCGAUGCCAGCGAAUCAGGUUGCUCAUGUGAACUGUGGCCAAUGUCAUACAAGGCUGAUGUACCCUUAUGGAGCACCAUCUGUCAAAUGUGCAAUUUGCCAGUAUAUUACAAACGUUGGGAUGCCUAAUACGAGAGUUCCAGGCCCUGCUGCACACAGGCCUAAUGAGAGUGCUCCUGUCCUGCCAUCAACUUCGGUUGUAUGCUCAAAUUCCAAAGUCUUUUUUCGGUUGACCAAGUUUAUUCAUGUUGACAUUAUGCCUUUUCUGUUUUCUUUUGGGUUAUGUAGCACUCUUCUCAACCAUCAAACAUGACUGUAGUUGUUGAGAAUCCGAUGUCACUGAAUGAGAGCGGCAAACUGGUGAGCAAUGUUGUGGUUGGAGUUAACAAAGGAAAGAAAUGACAUCAGGCCAGUUGCAGAGGUCACCUUGGUUGGUAUGCAAGUCAAAUGAGGAUCAAGUCUCUCCUUCCUGGGGAUCAGAGUUUUACUGGUGAUCACACUAUGCCAGGGAACUGCAUUCUUUUUGUUUUGUGCAUGAUAAUGGAAUUUGAUGUAGUUCCAUUUUUCUUGGAAUACCUACUAUUUAAUGUACAUUUCUCAUUGGAAGUUCAUGUUAAUGAAGCUUUAAAAUGGAUCUGGAAAUGUGCUGGCCAGGUCAAAAUUUAGGAAUAAGUGUAUUUUUACAUUGAUUUGGGAA